UCAUCAUGGGCUAACAGGGUUUAUCUCCUUUAAAAUGGCAUAUUUCCCUAAGAUUGGACCGUUUUAUGAACCAAAUCAUGAGCAACAUUUUUAUGGCGAAGCAGAUGGGCGACUUAGAUCGAGGAAGUCGGGUGAACAGCACCAUCAAGAUGAAAAGUUGAUAACAAAUGAUCGUAGUUGGAACCAUGUUAUACAAGACCAGGAAAAUCUUUUCUACAUGGAACCAACAGAAAAUGCUAUUCAGUCCAACAGAAAUAUUUCAGUUGGUAUGAAUCACAGGAGACAGGAAAGUCUGCAAUCUGUUGGUAGUGCAGGGAGCUACCAGUCGGGUAGCAGUGAGUCACCACGGCAACCAUUCAGCAGACAAAGUUCUAUGGGAUCUGAACGUAGCAGUGGCUCGAAAUCAGGAAUUACUCGACAAUAUCAGCAACAUCGGGAAAGAUCUUUACCAGAUAAUCAGAGAUAUCAUUAUGAACAUUUUCAAAGAGAUAAUGCAUUAAGACUGUCGGACCCAAGCUAUGCUGCAUUUAGUGAAAAUCUUAAUUCAGAAAAUGGACAUCAUAAAACCAGUCAGAGAUCGCGUAUGAAAAUUCCAUUGACAGUAGAUAAUAGCAGCACUGCAAAUCUAACUGUUAGUCAGUCUGGUAAGAGAAAAUCAGUCUUAAUGAUACCAGAUGUUAGGAAUAUUGAUGAUAUUAGUAACUCUUUUGGUUUAGAUCUGUGUGAAAAGCUGUUUGGUAUAAAACUAUGUCACUAUAAGCAAAGACCGCCACGUCCAAAUGGUGCUAGUGUUGACCAUGUGUUAAGAGAUCGUAAAGUUAUAGUGCAGGCUGUGAUACCAGACAGCCAGGCAGAUAUAUGUGGACAGAUAAACAGAGGAGACAUGCUGGUAGGCUUAAAUGACCUGGACUUAACAUGGAUCAACAUUGAUGACUUACUGAGACAAGCUGUACAACAACAAAAGGUCAAACUGACAUUCCAGGUACCUGUGGUGGUUGGGCCAAAACAAGCAACACCCCCUGUGACACCUACAAGACAUACUCCACCUCUGCCAAGACAUAACCCGCCCCCUGUGCCACCACAUAUACCUCUACGCAUACCACUGACUCCUCCUCCUAGACCGCCUGCCCCUCAUCAUUGGGAGCAGCGUCAGGAUUUGGUUACCUUGACAACUGGGGAAAAACGGUCAAGUUUAGUAGCCUCACUGAGUCGAUUCUUGUUUUCAUUGAUGUAUCUAACAUUUGCUGGCCAGUCAGAGAACUCAAGGGAUGAUGUGAUAUACCAGUUUCCUAAUGAAGACAACAAGGUGUUUGAUGUACGAGGCCUGUUUCUUACUCUGAAUGGGCUAUUGCCUGAUGUGACCAGUAAUCAUCCUAGGGUGACAUGUAUUAUUCACCGUGGAAACAGAAUAAAUAUAGCAUACUGGAAGAGUGAGCAGGAUGUUUUAUUGCUUUGCUUGCCAGAAAACAAAAUACCUUCUUUCUAUCUUCUACAUAUAUUCACUGAUUUGUUACACAUCAUACAGGUGUUACAUGGCUCUAUAGUAAGGGUAUUUAGAGACAGGGAAUUACACAGUCAUUUAGAUCAGCUGAUCAGUCUAACUGUAUAUAGAGUGUUACAUACAGGGGUACAAACACAGGCUAUUCCUCACUGUAACCCGCUAGAUCCUGUCCUACUAGACACACUGACAGGGGUUAGAUGGUUAAGGCUGUCUUCAGAUGAUAAGAUGUCCUGUGAUGAGAUUUUAAGUGAAUAUGAAGCUCAAGAUUUUGCAGAAUUUGAGGAGGUAGAUCCUGACAAAAGAAGAAAAUUUGGUAUCCUAGGGUCGUGUUUGUUUUAUAGAGACUAUUUAUUAUGUUCCCACUUGUGUCAGGAAGAUUUGCAAGAUGUGUAUCUAUUUCUCAAAUAUCACUGUAUCCUGCAUCUAGUCAGUAAACAACCAGUAGAUGACCUCAUUAUCUGGCGGGAAGUUUAUCCCACUCGAUUCUGCCAUUCUGCAAAGGGAGAUAAUCCUGGUUAUAGGGAACCAAAGGGGAGAUGGUUCUUACUGGUUGUUAGCAUGAGGCAUUUUCUCCUUUGUACAAUAUUUGAGGCUGGGAGUUAUUCUAAGGUGGCAGUGGGCCGUCAGCUAGUGGACAAAUUCGUGGUAGAGCAGUCCAAGACAACUUUAGCCCAGCUAGAUCUAGAUGAUACAGAUAUAGAGUUACAGUGUAAUGAAAGACUUUUCUCAGAACAGUCAGGCCCCAGUUUAAAGUGUAUAGAUGCAGAAAAAGCCUCUGGGUUAAACAAUGAUAUUAUCUCUCCACUUAAAUCUACACCAUCUCCAAGACACGGUACAGACGAUGGGGAGAGACUAUCAUUCCAGUCUCCUAAUGGACCAGCUGUAAUGAAGAGACAAGGUAGCAAACUCUCGUAUGGAUCUAAUGAUUCCAGCGGGAGCAGCACAAGUAUAAAUAAGAUUAAGUCAGGAAGUAAGAAAGGAUCUAUGUAUGAUGUGGAAACAUUGAACAGAAGUUUCAGCAGAGAUGGUAGUAAAGCUUGCGACAUCAAAUUUACAAAAGGCUUGAACAACCAGCUGUUUCACUAUGUGAACUUUGACAAGUUUGAGGGCAUAUACUUAAGUCCAACACCUUUUGAUCUUGCUUCAACACAAGGUUCAACACAUCAACACUUGCUGUUUAACUUCUAUGGUGCAUGUUUGAGAAUACAUGAUUCCUUUGAAAAGUGUGUAAAGAAAAGGGUAAAAAGAGAAGAUAAGUUUGCAGUGUGUAGUUUAGAGGAAGGUGUGAUGUUUACCUGUCAGAUUGGUCUGUCAACAGAUCUUAAAAAACAACCUCCACUCAUCAGGUACUGGGUAAUAGGACGGAGAUUUCCUGAUGGACAUGAAAUGUUUGUGUGUUUAGAAGAUGGUGCUCCACAGUGUUUGUUAGAACUUGCUUUCACAUACAACUUUGGAUUGACUUGAAGGCAAAUUUCUAGUUUGUUUUCAAGGGCUGGUGCUCAAUAGGAAGUGAUACAACUAGUCUUGCACCUUGCUGGUAGCAUUUAAGAUUUUGAAGCCAGGAAGGAAUGUAUGGAAUAGGGGUAGCUCAACAUACUUCUCUUCUACAAAUAUAAGUUUGCAUUCUAAAGUUGGAAAUUAAGAAAUGCUAGAACUUAGUUGAAGGUUGAAGGAACAGAAUCCUGAGAACAGUUGUCAAGCAUGAGGGACACCUAUUAACCUGGAUGUUGUGGAGACAGAAGUAUCAGAACAAUCUGCAAAUGCAUUCAGUGUUGUAAAAUCAUAUCACUAUACUUUACAUCAUCAAAGUUAUAAAAAAAAAAUCCUGUUGAAAGGUUCCGUCUUAAUAUAAUGGUAUGUUAACUGUAAAUUCCAUGCUGAAGCUAAAUAUAUGUAAGAGCAGCUAAAGGAAGAAAUACUUACUCAUGUUUCAGAAAUGAAGAACUUGUAAAUUUCGUGGUGAAGUUGACAGGUUGAAAUGAUUUGAGGGUUUUACAGGGAAUGUUAGUUUAUGAUUCUGUAAUGCAGCAAAGCAGUUGCUGAAAUCAGAUUCAGAUGUGUGGUAGUUUAUGACCUUUCCAAGUUAUGUGCAGAAUUUUUUUUAAAUUGUUGUAUUCUUGAAUUCUUACUACUUCUUUUGUCAUUAUGCUACAAUAAAUAAAAAAUUUAUAAAUUAAUGAUAGAUACUACAAUAUGAUACAUAAGUGUGUCCUGUAGAGAAAACAAUGUACUAGUUUUAGAGAGAUAUGUGCUGAGUGUACAGACAUCUAAAAACUACAAUGUACAGCUAUAUGUAACCAUGCAGUGACUUGACAACCAGUCUAGACUCUGUAUGUAGCCAUGUCUUGCCGCUUUCAUCAUCCAACAAGAGAUUAUAGUUGAUGCUUUCAUAUUCUAUUUGAUAAGACAGGUGUAUGAAUAGUAGAGAAGUUAGUAUUAUGUUAAAUGAAAUGACAGCUUAAUAGAGUCUGAAUAGAAUACAGAUGAAACCUUCACCUCUUACACUCUUCUUAAUGUUGUCCUCUAUGUUAUAGGAUUUAUAUUCAGCCACAUUUUGAAGUUUUUAAUUUACAUGUAAUAUCAAAUUACAAGAUUCACUUGACAGACAGUGAUAUAAAAACCUUGUUUGCUUUCCUAAAAAAUUUUCACACGACUUUAAUCAAUUACAAAUGAAACUUGUGUGAAUUACACCCUGCUGUGAUUUCAUGUUUACUGUAAUUACUAAACCUAUAGUUGUAUUAAGCCAUAAAAAAUCACCAUUUCUGAACUGAAUUAAGUUGUGAUGUAUUUUAUUUUUGAUAGUAUUUGACAUAAUUCUAUUACAGUUUUGGUUUAAAUAAAUUGCUUGUUUUGUUGAGUGUAGUUCAGCUGUCAAAUACACACAAAAAAUGAAUACCAGUUAUAUAAUAUCUGCAUUUUGAGAAGUGAUAUCUCCCAAGCAUACUAUACAAUUUGACAAUAUUAGAAAUUUGAUCAGAUUUUGCACACUCCUUUCUGUCUUUAUCUAGUCAGAAGUCUUUAUUUUUUAUCAAUCCAGAAUGUAUAGAUUCAGGAGUUCAAAGUUGCAUAUCAUAAUUUGGUUGUAUGGGUAACUAUGAAAAUAUAACAGAAAUAUUCCAAGUAUGACAGUCAUGUUUUUUCAAAGCUUGAUUGGUCAAACAUGCAUAAAAUCACAGGUCAUUGUCCUUUCCUUUGAAAAUGCUCUAAAAUGUUUCCAUAAAAUGUACCCAUAACAUUGUCAAAGGAUGUUAUAAUAUGAAAAGUUUCAACAAUAUUGUUCCAAGAGAUGCUAUAUUUGAUGGUCAUACAUGAAAGUUUCAGCACAGUAUGCUUUUAAAUAGUUAGAUUUGUACAAAAUACAAAUGUACCUAUAUUCUACUUUAAGAUUUGUUGAUGCUCUGUUGAUAGAAACUUCAGUUUUGAAUUUAUCACUCACAAAGUAAGCUUAAUAUACAUGUUUCUAGACAGGUAUUUGUCAGUUUAUAUAAGUAUAACAUGUAUAUAGCAAAUGCAGUAAGAUCAGUAAAUGUCUUUUUUUCUAUGUUAUUUAGUAAUAGUUGCUAUAGUAACAAGCACCUGUUAGAUACAUUCAAUGCUUCUAGUGAAUUUCAACUGGUUGUAUCUGCACUAGCUAUGUAUUGUUUUGUCAUUUGUUGAGACUGAAGUUCUUGUUGCUAUGUAACAAUAUCAGAGGUAGAGUUAGAGAACAUAUCACUUUUUAUAGAAUACUUUAGAUAUCAUACUCAUCAUGUCAUACCGUCCAUUUUAUUUACAUAAUAUCUACCAUAUUGACAUAAAUAGAAUGAAAUAUGUCAUAUUUAAAUGUUUAUAUCAUUUAUAAUUAUUCUAUUUUUCAUCAUAAUGUUGUUACCACAGAAGUGCCAUCUUAGGUGCCUUUUAGUAGUAGUAAUUGUUUUCUGUUUCUGAAAUUUCUGGACUUUUGUCAUUUUUUCCAAAGUUAUGAAAGGCAACAGCUAAACAAUUUAGUCUUGUAAAUACAUGUUACUUUUGGAAUAUUAGUUUAAUGGCAAAAGUUACAAAAUAGUCAUAUGAAAUCAUGUAACCUUUGAAGUUUAGUUCAAUGCCAAAAGCUACAUAUUAGUCUUGUUAAUAUAUGUAACCUUUGGAAUCAUUGUAUGAUGCCAAAAGUUACAUAUUGGUCUAAUUAAACUUUUAAUGCCAAAAUGUUUUGGAAUACAAGUGUUUGAACUGAGUGUAAUUAAUUGACUUGAACCCAAGAUUAGUAAAUACAAGAGGCUGCAAUUUACACGACAAAAUUUAAUUUAUACUUUUGUUCAAAUAGCUACAUUGUACUCAUUCAGAGUCAUUGUAUAAGAUAAAACGGUAUAUGAUUGUUAGCUCAUCUGAUUUUUUGAAAAAAAAUGAUGAGUUAUUGUCAUCACUUGAUCGGUGUCGGCGUCGGCGUUGCCUGGUUAAGUUUUAUGUUUAGGUCAGCUUUUCUCCUAAACAAUCAAAGCUAUUGCUUUGAAACUUGCAACACUUGUUCACCAUCAAUAGCUGACCCUGUACAGCAAGAAACAUAACUCUGUCCUGCUUUUUGCAAGAAUUAUGGCCCCUUUUGGACUUAGAAAAUAUCAGAUUUCUUGGUUAAGUUUUAUGUUUAGAUCAGCUUUUCUCCUAAACUAUUCAAGCUAUUGCUUUGAAACUUGCAACAGUUUUUCACCAUCAUAAGCUGACUCUGUACAUCAAGAAACAUAACUCCAUCCUGCUUUUUGCAAGAGUUAUGGCCCUUUUUGGACUUAGAAAAUCAUGGGUAGGACAAUUUUUAGCUUGACUAUUCUUCGAAUAGUCUAGCUAUUCUACUCACCCUGGCAUCGGCGUUACACCUUGGUUAAGUUUUUGCAUGCAAGUACAUAUGGCCAUCAGUUAAAGGCAUAUAGCUUUGAAACUUAUUUUUUCUUAAUCUAGGUCAAUUACCAACCUCACUGGGUCAAGUCCCAUAACUCUGACAUGUGUUUUGAGCAAAUUAUGCCCUCUUUUGGACUUAGAAAAUUCUGGUUGAAGUUUUACAUGCGAGUUACUAUCUCCAAAACUAAUGCAGAUAUUGAAUUGAAACUUCACAUGUGUCUUUGGGGUUAUAAAACUAGUUGAUAGCAGCAAGUCCAAUCACUCUGACCUUCAUUUUGGCCAAAUUAUGCCCCCUUUUGGACUUAGAAAAUUCUGGUUAAAGUUUUGCGUGCAAGUACAUUCAGCUAUUUCUAAAAGGCAUAUAGAUUUGAAACUUACUUUUUCUUUUUCUAGAUCAAUUACCAUCCUCACUGGGUCAAGUCCCAUAACUCUGACAUGUAUUUUGAGCAAAUUAUGCCCCCUUUUGGACUUAGAAAAUUCUGGUUAAAUGUUUACAUGCAAGUUACUAUCUCCAAAACUAAUGCAGAUAUUGAACUGAAACUUAACAUGUGUCUUCGGGGUUAUAAAACUAGUUGAUAGCACCAAGUCCCAUAACUCUGCCCUUCAUUUUGGCCAAAUUAUUCCCCUUUUGGACUUAGAAAAUUCUGGUUAAAGUUUUGCAUGCAAGUACAUACAGCUAUUACUAAAAAGCAUAUAGAUUUGAAACUUAUUUUUUCUUUUUCUAGAUCAAUUACCAUCCUCACUGGGUCAAGUCCCAUAAAUCUGACAUGUAUUUUGAGCAAAUUAUUCCCCCUUUUGGACUUAGAAAAUCCUGGUUAAAGUUUUGCGUGCAAGAACAUACAGCUAUUACUAAAAGGCAUAUAGAUUUUAAACUUAUUUUUUCUUUUUUUAGAUCAAUUACCAACCUCACUGGGUCAAGUCCCAUAACUCUGACAUGUAUUUUGGGCAAAAUAUGCCCUAUUUAGGACUUAGAAAAUUCUGGUUAAAGUUUUACAUGCAAGUUACUAUCUCCAAAACGAAUGCAGAUAUUGAAUUAAAACUUCACGUGCCUUCGGGGUUUUAAAACUAGUUGAUAGCAGCAAGUCCCAUAACUCUGAUAUGCAUUUUGGUCAAAUUAUGUCCCCUUUUGAACUUAAAACUUUUUUGAUUUUUAACCUUUUUGGGUAAUAUUUUCCUGCUUCUGGGACAAUAUUUCGAAUAGUCGAGCUUGGCUGUCUUAUGGACAGCUCUUGUUCUAUUAUACAAAAAAAAAAUCAGAUGAGCGUCAGCACCUGCAAGGCGGUGCUCUUGUUGUAUAUUAUAUUGCCAGUACCUAAUAAGGCCAACUAUAAACUUCACCAAGUUAAUAUUAAUGCACUUCUUUGUCCUUUGUAUAAAGUCAUAUACGAUUAGUCCCUAUUGCACUAAAAUGUUGACACAAAUUUAAGAUAUGUUUUGUGAUAUUGCUAUAAAUGACUCAAUUUGCGGAAUAGCUGGUCUGCAUAUGUAGAAACUGUACUAAAUUAUAUGUUUAGAUUGUGAUAACUGAUUAGUGCUGUAUAUAGUUUUUGUAUGAGUAGGUUUAUUAUUUUGUAUAACCAUGGUGCCAAACUUUUUUUAGAGCUUUAAUCGUCUAAUAAUUUGUAGUGUUGUUCUAACAUUCUUUUUUUUAUUGUUAUUUUUUUGUGUUUUUCAAUAUUUAUAUAAUUUUGUCAAUUAUAUUACCUCAGUUGACUUGAGCAUAUGCCAUUUUUCUAUAUUAUUUAAAGAUGUUGAAAAUAGGGGACAUAGAUAUAUUACAAAAAUUGCUUUUUUUUUGAAAAAAAGAUUUUCAGAUAUAAUUUGUUUUGUUGUUUGAUUACAAGGGCCAUACAUAGUUAAAAAUACAGUAUAGAGACAGAUUGUCAGUACCAGCGGUCAUCAUACUGGUAAUCUUUAUAAUAACAUACUAAGUCUUGUUAUAUAAUAAAAUUUGUAUUCUUAUAAAAUUCAGUGGAAAAUUUUAAAUUGACUUCAGUAAUUAUACCCCCACCAAACAUGUUUGAGGGGGGUAUAUAGGAGUCAGUUUUGUCGCGUCGCGUCCCGUCCCGUCCCGUCGCGUCCCGAAAUCUAUUAUCUCAGUUAUUACCAAAUGGAUUUGAUUCAAACUUAAAAUACAUGUUCCACCUUAUCACCCACAUCAUGUGACACAAGGUGCAUAACUCUGACACUAAGUUUUCAUGAAUUAUGUCCCCUUUUACUUAGAAUUUAAGGUUAAUUUUGUUGUAUUUUCACUAUAUCUGAGUUAUUACUAAAUGGAUUCGAUUCAAACUUAAAAUAGUUGUUCCACCUCAUCACCCAGAUCAUGUGACAUAAGGUGCUUAACUCUGACAUAAUUUUUUUAUGAAUUAUGUCCCCUUUUACUUUAAAUUUAAGGUUGAUUUUGAUGUAUUUUCACUAUAUCUCAGUUGUUACAAAAUGGAUUUGAUUCAAACUUAAAAUAGAUGUUCCACCUCAUCACCCACAUCAUGUGACACAAGGUGCAUAACUCUGACACCAAUUUUUCAUGAAUUAUGCCCCUUUUUACUUAGAAUUUAAGGUUAAUUUUGAUGUAUUUUCACUAUAUCUCAGUUACUACUGAAUGGAAAUGAUUCAGACUUAAAAUAGAUGUUCCACCUCAUCACCCACAUCAUGUGACACAAGGUGCAUAACUCUGACACUAAUUUUUCUUGAAUUGUGUCCCCUUUUACCUAGAAUUUAAGGUUAAUUUUGAUGUAUUUUCACUAUAUCUCAUUCUGAUUGGCUUAGAGCCAAAGGGAAGUAACCUUUUUUAGCUCAUCUGAUUUUUUGAAAAAAAAUGAUGAGUUAUUGUCAUCACUUGAGCGGUUGUCGGCGUCGGCGUCGGUGUCGGCGUCGGCGUCUGCGUCGGCGUUGCCUGGUUAAGUUUUAUGUUUAGGUCAGCUUUUCUCCUAAACUAUCAAAGCUAUUGCUUUGAAACUUGGAAUACUUGUUCACCAUCAUAAGCUGACCCUGUAUAGCAAGAAACAUAACUCCAUCUUGCUUUUGCAAGAUUUAUGGCCCCUUUUGU